AUGGAACAACAUUUUCCUACCAGACCUGUAGAUCGUGAAAAAGCAGAACACGACCUAGCACUCAAUAUAAAAAAAGCCACCAGUCCUGAAGAAACUGCUCCAAAACAAAAACAUGUUCGAAAAUGUAUAGUCUAUACGUGGGAUUACCACACUUCCGAAUCAAUUUGGACCGGACUUAAAGUUCAACCAAUAAUUGCUGACGAAGUACAAACAUUUAAAGCAUUAAUUGCUGUACAUAAAAUAAUCCGAGGCGGUCAUCCGAUUACAUUAAAACAAGCUCAAAAUCAAACACAUUGGCUAGAGACUUGUGCAAGAUCUGUAGUUAGUGGUGCUACUCGAGGUUAUGGAACGCUUAUUCGUGCAUAUGUAGAUUUUUUAAAAACUAAGUUGGGUUAUCAUAAAAUUCAUCCAGAAUUUAAUGGAAAUUUUGAUUAUGAGGAUUAUGUUAGUUUAAAAAAUGUCGAUGAUCCUAAUGAAGGAUAUGAGACAAUAAAUGAUUUGAUGAAUUUGCAAGAUCAAAUUGAUCAAUUUCAAAAAUUGAUUUUUGUACAAUUUCGUCCAUCAUCUAACAAUGAAUGUAGAAUAGCUGCUCUUGUUCCAUUAGUGGAAGAAAGCUAUGGUAUUUAUAAAUUUUUAACCAGCAUGCUUAAAGCUAUGCAUCAGCAUACAGACGCUGUUGACGCCUUAACGCCCCUUCGUACCAGAUAUAAUGCACAACAUUAUGCUUUAUUAAAAUUCUAUUAUGAAUGUUCAAACUUAAAAUAUUUAACCAGUUUAAUUAGUGUGCCAAAAUUACAACAGGAUCCUCCAAGUUUAAUUGAUGGCGGUGCUCCAUCAUCAUUGCCAAAACGUGUACAGUCAAAAUCACCAGCUCCAUCAACAACUUCAGAGCCAGAAACAGUGGCAGAAAUAUUGAAAGAAAAUGAAAGACAGCAGCAUGAAUUGGAAAGACAACGACAUUUGCAAUAUAGAUUAAAUCAAGAACGUGAAAGAUUAGCUAGAGAACAAUUAUUAAGAGAACAAAUGCAAAGACAAGCAGAAGGGAGAGUUGCUGAAUUGGAAAGAGAAUUGUUGAACCUGAGACAACAUAUUGAUCGUGAUAAGAUGAUAAUGGAUCAAUAUGAUAGGAAAGUUAAAGCUUUUGAAAAUGACAUGAAUCAACUUACUUUGAAUGCUCAACAACAAAUUGCUUCCAAGGAUGAUGUAAUAAAAAAUUUACAAGAUCAAAUUAUAAUGUGGAGGAAUAAAUAUGAAUCUUUGGCUAAAUUAUAUUCACAACUUCGACAAGAGCAUCUUGACUUGAUCAAUAAGUUUAAGGUAGCACAACUGAAAGCAAACUCUGCGCAAGAAUCUAUUGACAAGUUGGAGAGAAUGGAAAAAGAUAUGCGUUCGAAGAAUUUAGAAUUGGCAGAUAUGAUCAGAGAAAGAGAUAGAGCAAGACAUGAAUUAGAUAAAUUAAAAAAUUUGGAGAAGGUUAGACGUGAAUUAUCAGAGGCUAACUACAGAUCAGAGGAUGCAAUAAGGAAUCAACGCGAGGAGUUAGAGAGAAUGAAGCGUGAAUUAUCAGAGGCCAAAUAUAAAGCAGAGAACACAUUAAGGGCAAAAGACGAAGAAAUUGCAAUUAUGCAAGCAGCAAUGGAUCAGAGUAUGUUGUUAGUGGCGGACAUGCAAAAGACUUCUAUAGAUCCCGAAAAAUAUCAAAACAAAGUUGAUACUUUAAUGUUGGAUAAUUUGAAGAAUUUAAAUGAAAUUCUUGAUAGUAUAUUCCAAACAUGUAUUCAAAAGAUUGAUGAUGGCUUAUAUGAAUUAGAAUCACCAAUGCAAGUUGGCAAUCAAAAUUGCACACCAGAAUAUACUUUAUCGAUGAUUGAAAAUGGGACAUCGGAAGCAUCGGAAUUUACCUACGCGUUUAUUGAAUUUUUGAAAACAGAUAGAACCAAGAAUCACGCAGAUGUGAUUAAAAACGCAUUAAAUUUUUCUCAAGCAGCUUCGGAUAUUUUGAGAACGGUAAAAGGAAUUACGCGUUACGCUGACGAUGAGGAUGAAUUUGUGGAUGAGAUUGUUAGUGCAGCUAAGGUAGCAGCCGUUGUCUCCCAAAAAUAUUUGUUAAAUGUUCAAUCUUUCAAAAUGGACAGUUUACCAGCUUCCGGAAGGAGCGAAACGGUUUUGAAAUGUGAUAUAGAUGUUCAGGAUUCACUACAAAAAAUUGCUAAAAUAACUGAAGGCCUGUUGAAACAUAAUUUAGAUGUCACAAAGAGAGCAGAUGGUGAGGUGGGUAACCUUGUGGAACAAGAAAUGAUGAAUGCUGCAAAAGUUAUUGAAGCUGCCACAGCUCGCAUUCAAUCUUUGAUGUCACAACCUCGUGACGCUGGUCUUUCUGCGACAGAAUUGAAUGUUCAUGAUGCAAUCCUUGAAUCUUCAUUGGCCAUUACUAAUGCUAUAGCACAUCUUAUAAAAUGCGCGACUGAUUCACAACUAGAAAUUGUAGCACAAGGAAAAGGCAGUAGCAGUCAUGCAGCUUUUUAUAAGAAGCAUAAUAGGUGGACGGAGGGUCUUAUUUCAGCUGCUAAAGCUAUUGCCUUGGCCACAAAUCUUUUAAUAGAAACCGCAGAUGGUGUUAUUCAUAAAACACAUAACCUUGAACAGCUUAUUGUGGCGUCUAAUGAAGUGGCAGCAGCAACCGCACAACUCGUAGCAGCAUCCAGAGUCAAAGCAGAUUUCAUGUCUAAGGCGCAAGAUCGUCUUGAAGCAGCCUCUAAAGCUGUCACAAAUGCUUGCAAAGCACUAGUGAAAGCUGUGAAAGCAAUUGCUGCAAAACAACUCGAAGAAAAGGACCACGCGAUUGAUUAUGCUAGCUUAACACCACAUGAUUACAAAAAACAAGAAAUGGAACAACAAGUUGAAAUUUUGAAACUUGAAAAGGAACUAACUAAUUCCAGAAGGAAGUUGGCAGAAAUGAGGAAAGUUGGAUAUCAUGCUGAAGAAGACUAA